GGGUCUGGAGUCUUGCAGAGAAAGAGCCUCUACCCCCAAAGCUCCUGCCUGCCUAGAUUUAUCACUGAGCAGGGAGGGAGUUAGCCCUCUGUUUCUCCCAAUCACCCUUCAAAUGGGCCCUUCUGAAACCUGGCGGACUUGGUGGCACUUCUACUUAGGAUUGUCUUAGUAUUGGAGACAGAAACUGGCACGAGACGAAGGGGUUCUUUUGGUUCUGUUCAGUUCUUCCAUAAAAGAAGUAUCAAAGAUGGAUGAGGAUUUAGGAAAUUGUCCCAUCCAGGCAGGGAGCAGCAGAGGAUCCUGGGACAGAACCCGACUGAAGAUCCCGGGUGAGAAGGACACCCUUAACUCACAAGUUGAGCACCAGCAGUUCAGGCAUUUCCACUACCAAGAGGCCGAAGGACCCCGAGAGGUAUGCAACAGACUCCACCGUCUUUGCCACAAAUGGUUGAUGCCAGAGCGACACACUAAGACUCAGAUCCUGGACCUGGUGAUCUUGGAGCAGUUCCUGGCUGUCCUUCCCCUGGAGAUGGAGAGCUGGGUGAGGGAGUGUGGAGCAGAGACCAGCUGUCAGGCUGUGGCCCUGGCUGAAGGUUACCUCCUGAGCCAGGCAGAGGACGAGAAGCAGAGAAGGCAGCAGAGAAAAGAUCUGUUUGCAAGAAUGGACGUUGAUUUCUCUGAGUGGGAGAGGACUCCAUCGGACACCAGACAGAGGCCACUGGGUGACGGAGUGAUGCUGGCAAGACCUCCUAAGCCAUCUCCUCUUCAUAGUGGAGGGGAAGCAGCUUCUGUGGCACAAGAUCAGGAUUCAGUGUCCUUUGAAGAUGUUGCUGUGUAUUUCACAGACGAGGAGUGGGCGCUACUGGAUCCUGAUCAGAGAGCUUUGCAUAACGAAGUCAUGGAGGAGAAUUGUGGGAUCAUGGCCUCUCUCAAAGGUAACAAAUUGAAAACAACGAACCAUGAGAAAAUCCACACAGUGGAGGAGCCAUCUAAAUAUUUAGAGUGUGGAGAGAUCCUGAGUCAGAAUUCCCACGAAAGAACUGCCAGCAGGGAGAAACCAUAUCACUGUUUGGAAUGUGGGAAGGGCUUCAAGUGGAAGAAAAGUCUCACUUCGCAUCAAAUAAUUCAUACAGGGGAGAAACCAUUUGAAUGCUUGGAAUGUGGUAAGAGCUUCAGCUGGAAGGAAAGUCUCACUUCCCAUCAGAGAAUCCAUACAGGAGAGAAACCGCAUCAGUGCUUGGAAUGUGGGAAGAGCUUUAAUGCAAGCAGAAACUUGCGCCGCCAUCAAAGAAUUCACAGUGGGGAGAAACCAUAUCAGUGCUUGGAAUGUGGGAAGAGCUUUACUAGAAGCACGAGCUUCCGCUGUCAUCAAAGUAUCCACAAUGGAGAAAAACCAUACCAGUGCUUGGAAUGCGGCAAAAGCUUUACGAGAAGCAUAUACUUCCAUCAUCAUCAAACAAUGCACAGUGGGGAGAAACCGUAUCAAUGCUUAGAAUGUGGAAAGAGCUUCCGCUGCAAGAGAAGUCUCAUUUCCCAUCAACAAAUUCACAAAGGGAAUAUGGAUAAGGAAGACUCAGUUGCCCCUGAAGCAGGAAGAGGACAUGAGCCCAUCAAGACUGGGAGCAGUGGGGGAUUCUGGGAAGAAACAGUGCAGAAGAUGCUGGGUAAAGAAGACAAGCUCAACUCAGACGUACAAUGCCAGCGUUUCAGACAUUUCUGCUACCAGGAGGCUGCAGGGCCUCGAGAGGUUUGCAGCCAACUCCACCAUUUUUGCCAUCAGUGGCUCAAGCCAGAGCAGCACACGAAAAAUCAGAUGCUUGACCUGGUCAUCCUGGAGCAGUUCCUGGCUGUUCUUCCACCAGAGAUGGAGAGCUGGGUGAAGGAGUGUGGAGCAGAGACCAGUUCCCAGGCGGUGGCCCUGGCUGAAGGUUUCCUCCUGAGCCAGGCAGAGGACAAGAAGCAGGAAAAGCAGCAGGUAAAGAAUCUGUUUACAGAAGUAAGCGCUGGUCUUUCCGAGGCAGAGAGGUCUUCACUGAAUACCAGACAGAGGCCACUGGGUGACCAAACAAUGCCAGGAAAACCUCAACAACCACUUCAUCUUCAUGGUGGAAGGGAAGCAGCUUCUUUGACACUGUAUCAGGUUCCUGUGACCUUUGAAGAUGUGGCUGUGUAUUUCACGGACGAAGAGUGGGCGCUGCUAGAUUCCAACCAGAGAGCUCUGCAUAACAAGGUCAUGGAGGAGAACUGUGGGAUCAUGACCUCUCUCAAAGGUGAUGAACUGGAAAUGAAGAAUAAGGAAGACCACAACAAACUCCCCACAGUGGAGAACCCAUGUAAAUAUCUAGAGAGUGGAGGGAGCUUUGGCCAGAGUCUCCAUCUUCACAGAGGGGAGAAACCAUAUAAGUGUUUGGAAUGUGGAAGGAGCUUCACUUGGAAGAAAAGCCUCACCUCUCAUCAAAGAAUUCAUGCAGGGGAGAAACCACAUCAAUGCUUGGAAUGUGGAAAGAAGUUUUAUACAAGCACAAACUUCCAUCGUCACAGAAGAAUUCACAGUGGGGAGAAACCAUUUCAGUGUUUGGAGUGUGGAAAGAGCUUUAAUAGAAGCACAAACUUCCAUCGUCACCGUGUUAUUCACACUGGGGAAAAACCAUUUCAGUGUUUGGAGUGUGGAAAGAGCUUUGUUCGGAAGAGUGAUAUCACUUCCCAUCAAAGAAUUCACACCGGGGAGAAACCAUAUAAAUGUUCGGAAUGUGGAAAGAGCUUUAUUCAGAACUCCCAGCUCACUUCCCAUUUAAGAAUUCAUACAGGGGAGAAACCGUAUCAAUGUCUAGAAUGUGGAAAGAGCUUCAACAAAAGCACAAACUUCCAUUCUCAUCAAAAAAUCCACAGCGGGGAGAAGCCCUAUCAGUGCUUGGAAUGUGGAAAGACAUUCCGCCAGAAGAAAAAUCUCACUUCCCAUCAAAGAAUUCACAGUGGGGACAAACCGUAUCACUGCCUGGAAUGUGGAAAGAGUUUCCGUCACAGCAUUGGCCUUACUAUACAUCAGAGAAGCCACACAGGAGAGAAACCAUAUACAUGCUUGGAAUGUGGAAAGAGCUUCUGCAAUAGCUUAAGCUUUAUUAUACACCAGAGAAGCCACACAGGAGAGAAACCAUAUAAAUGCUUAGAAUGUGGAAAGAGCUUCAGUCAAAGCUCCAAACUCACUUCCCAUCAAAGAAUUCACACAGGGGAGAAACCAUAUAAGUGCUUGGAAUGUGGGAAGAGCUUCCAUCAGAAGUCAAAUCUUACUUCCCAUCAAAGGAUUCAUACUGGGGAGAAACCAUAUAAAUGCUCAGAAUGUGGGAAAGGCUUUAGCUGCAAGAAAAGUCUCACUUCCCAUCAAAGAAUUCAUGUACAAGAGGAAUCAUAAAAGUACUUACCAUCAAGUUUUUAAUGUGCAGUUGGAUGCAGACUGUUGUUGGAAAAAGUUUUGUACAGUUGGAAAGCUGACAAUAUGCUGUUUAAAAAAUAGGGGAGGGGGUUAAGACACAAUAGGCAUUUGUGUUUAUUAAGCACUUAAAUGACAGGCAACAUCAGGAACAACAUGUUCACAAAUUAUGUAAGUGUUGAAACAAAUCACCCAAAGUGUUCCCAAGACAUGUUGCUACUUUCUCCAAAUUGGCCAAGUUAUUAAUUUUAUCUCAUAUGUGCCCGCCCUCUCAGUUAUUACUGAAUGUGAAUGUAUCUAUUGUAACACAAGUAUAUGUUGUAAAACAUAUUCUGUUUAUAUUUACUGUUAUAUACAGCCUAGGGCUUGCCAAUCAGAAGGUUGGCUGUUCGAAUUCCUGCAACGGGGUGAGCUCCCAUUGCUCAGUCCCUGCUCCUGCCAACCUAGCAGUUCAAAAGCACAUCAAAGUGCAAGUAGAUAAAUACCUUCUCUGGCGGGAAGGUAAAUGGCAUUUCCGUGCGCUGCUCAGGUUUGCCAGAAGUGGCUUAGUCAUGGUGGCCACAUGACCCAGAAGCAGUACGCCAGCUCCCUCAGCCAGUAAAGCGAGAUGAGCGCCACAACCCAAGAGUCGUCCGCAACUGGACCUAAUGGUCAGGGGUCCCUUUACCUUUAACCUUUACGCUAUGAGUUAAUGGAGGCUUGAAUCUUCAUAAAAUGGCUACUCAAAAACUGCAUUCGUUGUACCUAAUAAGGAACUAUAAAGCAGCGUUUUUAGGUCACAAGGAUCAAAUUGCAGUGGAACUGCAAGAAAACGUCCUAGAAGAUUUCCCAAAAUGUUUAAUAUUAUCAAUUAUUAUUUUUCUGCAGUUCAACUUUUUGAAGCUGGGGUGUGCGGUAUACUGAGAAGUGUUUUAUAUUCUGGCAAAUGUGGUGAUUAGUGCAUUGAUUAUAUUCUGUGUUACUGUAUUGUAUUGGUAUUUUAUUUUUGUACCUAUAUUGUAGUAGUACAGAAACAUGGCCUCAACAAAGUUCUUCAUCAGUGGAAACAGUUUUUCCCUUUAAUUUUGCUUUCUUGAAGGAGUGUUAUGUUCACCAUUUCCCCCGCUCUUUUUUCCACACACACAUGAGAAACAGAAAAGGAAUUUCAGCUGGGUAUGAGAGAUGAUCCAGUUAACGAGCCAGAUCUAUUAAUCCCUUUUGGCCUUGCCUUACUAAACUCCGCCAUCUCCUAGUCAGGCCUUUCCCAGCUGAGGCUGAAGCCACAUUCACCCAACAGUUUAUUCCAUUUUCCCAUUUCCCUAAUUGUUAAUUUCCGCCUUACAUCCGAGCUUUCACAUGAUGUAAAAUCAACUUCCGAAAAUAUAGUGCAAUAUAAUGCUCAUUUCUGAGUGAUUGGCAAACAGAUUUUUUUUCCUGGAGCCAAUAAGAUGGAAAUGAUCACCACACUUACCCUAUAUUCUGCAAUAUUUCUGAAAGUGGAUUUUGUGUCGUGUGAAAACUCAAAUACAAUGCUGAAAUUAACGGGAAAACAUCGGGAAAACAGAAUAAACUGUUGUGUGUAUGCAGCCCGAGCAGGGCCGUCUUAAACAUAUCUGGCGCCCUGGCGCCGUGGUGUGAUGGAUCCCUCCGGCGCCCCGCCCCUGCCCUGUUUCCCAGCGCGGCGGGCGCACAGCGCGGCUGCACUGCGCCACCCAGCCUGCCGUAGGGCCGGCCCUGGGCCAGGGGGUGCUGCCCGCCCCCUGUUGCGACGCCCCUGCAUCUGAAGCGUGUGAUGGGGCCUGGGGGCUGACCCAGGAGAGGCGACCAGCGAUUUGUGGGGUUUGGUGGUUCCAGAGCACCACCAGGAGCCAGAGCAGCGAAAGGAUGAAGAGUCAGGGCAGUUUGAAACAGUGGUGGAAGAAGAGGCUGCUCAACGACAAGACAGGUCAGUAGACUCCCCACCUUCCUCUGCCCUAGUGUCUCCUUUCUUCGCAUUUAAGUUUUUAAAGCCCCAAAGUAAAAGCCCAAACUAAACUGUCUUGAAGUUUACUUCAGUUGCCUCCAAACUACAGAAAUGCAGCUUGAUUCUCCUUUCCAAAUAUUCUAUUAUUAUUUUCACAUAUUUAUACAAGAAGCAACUAUCAGUACUGGGUGGGUGGGAUGGUUGAAUGCAACUUAAUUUUCAUACAU